AUGGCUGAGCAGGUGGCUGUCGUGUGUGAGCAGCUCAUCAAAGCUGUGAAUGCGAUGAUGGACGCAGAAACAAGCCAGAUUUACCGACUGGAGGCCCUGAAGUUUUGCGAGGAGUUUAAAGAGACGAGCUCCCUCUGUGUCCCAUGUGGCUUACAGUUAGCCGACAAAGCACAACCAGCUGUAGUGAGACACUUUGGUUUGCAAAUCCUGGAGCACGUCAUCAAGUUCAGAUGGAACAACAUGCCACAGCAAGAGAAAGUUCAGCUGAAGGAGUGUGCAAUGCAGCUGUUGGCAAAUGGUACUCAUUCUAUCCUGGAGGAGGUGAGCCACAUCAAAGACGUCCUGUCACGAAUCACAGUGGAAAUGAUAAAAAGAGAAUGGCCUCAGCACUGGCCGGAUAUGCUGAAAGAGAUGGAGGCUCUCACUAGCCAAGGGGAGGCACAGACAGAGCUGGUGAUGUUGAUCCUGUUGAGGCUGGCAGAGGACGUCAUCACCUUUCAGACGCUGCCCACCCAGCGACGCAGAGACAUCCAGCAGACACUCACACAAAACAUGGAAAGCAUCUUUGGGUUCAUGAUGGCCAUUCUCCAAGCUAAUGUCAAAGAAUACCGGAAAUUGAAAGAGUUACCAGGACAUGAACUGCAGGCCAGAGCUCACUGUCGAGUCGCUGUGGCUACCCUGAAUACACUUGCAGGGUACAUAGACUGGGUAUCUCUGGUGCACAUUACAAACGGGAACUGUCAUCUGCUGGAGAUGUUGUGUUUGCUGCUGAGCGAGCCGGAGCUGCAGCUGGAGGCAGCAGAGUGUCUUCUUAUCGCUAUAAGCAGGAAGGGGAAGCUGGAGGAUAGGAAGCCAUUCAUGCUGCUGUUUGACGAUGUGGCCAUCAACUACAUCCUCUCUGCAGCACAGUCAGCAGAUGGAUUGGCAAUAUGUAAGAAAUCCCCUGAGUCACAAGUGGUGGAGGUGGUGGAGCGGAGUUACGUCUUCCUAAAGAGGCUGUGUCAGGUGCUGUGUGCUCUUGGAGGCCAGCUCUGCUCAUUAGUGGGUUCAGACGUUGAGGUGGAGGCUCCUGCAAAUCUCAGCAAGUACACGGAGGCCCUUUUAGCUUUCACUACACAUUCCAGUCAGUUUUUAAAGUCAUCCACUCUGCCAACCUGGGGGGCUUUGUUCAGACACGAGACUCUGUUUAAGUCUCCGGUUGUUUUGGAGAUGGUGAUCAAAUACCUCAGAGCUUCAAUGAUCAACCUGGUGAAGACUGGUUUUCCAUCACGAGAUGACAACCCAAGCUGCGUGUACUCCCGUGUGGACUUUGACAGCGAUGAAGACUUCAAUUCAUUCUUUAACUCUUUUCGAGCGCAGCAGGGAGAGGUGGUGAGGAUUGCAUGCCGCAUUGUUCCUCUGGAGGCUUUCCAGAUAGCAUCAGAGUGGUUACAGUAUCAAAUCACCAGCCCUAUUGACACUGGGGAUAUCACAUCUAGGACAGCUGAAGGCCUGUGCUCCCUCCUGUCUCCGUUUGUGGUCCAGUGGGACGCAAUGACCAUCUUCAUGGAGUGCAUGGUCGCACAGAUCUUCAAGAAUCUGGAGGAGGAGAAGUUGCCCGUGGAUCAGGGCAUGGAGCUGCUGCAGGCUGUGCUGAACUACGACACCAAAGACCCACUCAUCUUGUCGUGCGUGCUCUCCAACGUCUCUGCGCUCUUCCCAUUUGUCAUACGGAGACCACACUUUGUGCAACAGGUCCUUUACAAGCUCUUAAAAUCGAUUACAUUUGAGGUCAGUCAGGAUAAUAAGACUCCUCGAACCCGAGCUGUGAAGAACGUGAGGAGGCACGCCUGUUCCUCCAUCAUCAAAAUUUGCAGAGAUUAUCCACAAAUAGUCCUGCCUUGCUUUGAGAUGUUUUACGAUCACGUGAAGAAGAUGUUCUCAAGUGAAACGGGGCUGACUCACAUGGAGAAGUGUUCGCUGAUGGAAGCUCUGGUGCUCAUCAGUAACCAGUUCAAAGACUUCGCCAAACAGAAAGCCUUUCUGGAUGAGCUGAUGGCCUCAGUGGUCGCAGACUGGACCUCAGAGGAGAUGAGACAUGUGCUGUGGGACCCUGCUGUGUUCCUGUCCUUUGUUGGGGCCGAUCAGGUGGUCACUGAUCAGAGUAAAGAUCCAGACACAGCCGGUCUAAAUAGAGGGCGGAUAAUCUUCUGUAUCUACGCCAUGUUGGCGGUGGUGAAGAAGGCGCGCUGGCCUGCAGACCUGGAUGAAGCAAAGGCUGGUGGCUUCGUGGUGGGAUACACUCCGACCGGAGCUCCCAUUUACAGAAACCCCUGCACGGCCCAGUUUCUGGUCCUACUGCCCAACCUGCUGGCUCUGAUCAGGACUCACAACAGUCUUUUCCUGCCAGAGAACAUGGCUCGUCUUAGUGAGUCCUUCUCCAGGGCCCACGAUGUAAUAGAUGCAGAGAAGAAUGUGGUUCUAGGUCUCUCACAGCAUCUUCUGGAUAUUUACGAUACUCCAGUGUAUAGAACCAACUUGGAGCGCAUGCAGGGAUUUUUCACCACACUGUAUGACAACUGCUUCCAAGUCCUGGGGAAUGCAGGUCCGUCUCUGCAGCAGGACUUCUACACCAUGGAGAGGUUGGCUGAAGAAAUAGCUGGCUCUGCUUUCGGGUCUCUUGAUCAUGUGCCAGACCACAGACUUCGACCCAUGAUUCGCGUCUUUCUGAAGCAGCUGGUGAUAUCAUGCCCUCAGGAGUACUACAACAGUCUACUCCGCCCCCUUCUGGGCCCUCUGUUCGCCUACAUGCUGCAGAGACUCAACAGCAAAUGGCAGGUCAUCAACCAGAGGACCUCAAUCAAUGACGAGGAUGAGGAGGAGGUGGUGUGUCACGACAACCAGGUGACGCAGGAGAUGUUGGAGGAGCAGCUGGUGCGUCUGCUCACCAGGGAAGUCCUGGAACUCCUCACUGUGUGCUGCAUUUCCAGGAAAGUGCCUGAACCAGCAGCAAACAAGGAGGAAGCCGACGAGGAUGACAUGAUGAUGGAUUCAGUGCAGACGGCGACUCCUGGUCCGCCCACAGAGGAGUUGACGGAGCUGGGGAAAAGCCUGUUGAAACAUGAGAACAUCUACAUGACUCUACUGACCCUCUCCUACACCUCACUGUCGUGGAAGGACACCACAAUCUGUCACCGAACUGCUUCUAUGGUCUGCUGGACCCUCCUGCAGCAGGUUGUUGCGGGUAAUCUUCUUCCGGAGGCGGUCACAUGGUUCUACACCAGUGUUCUUCGGGGCCUCCAGGUUCACGGGCAGCACGAGGCCUGCAACUUAACCCUCAGUCUGCUGGCUAUGCUCAUCUAUGACAACCUGCGGCCUCGCUACACAGAGCUGAAAUCAGUGAUGACACAGAUCCCAAACAUCAAUGUGGAGGCUCUGGACCAGUAUGACCACAGGCUCCUGGACCCCAACGUCCAAAAGGUCGGACACAAGAAGAGGAAAGACCAGUUCAAGAAACUCAUCGCAGGAACUGUUGGGAAAGCUCUAUGCCAGCAGUUCAGGAAGGAGGUCCAUAUCCGGAACCUUCCAUCGCUCUUUAAAAAGGCGAAGGCGGAUAAGGAUGUGGCGGACGCUGAAGCAUUGGGGCUGGCAGCUCUCUUCUCCCCGGAGAAUACCACCCUGUAGGAUCACACAGAGGAUCUAAUGGACUUCUUACUGACUGAAGACAGACCUGAGUGUGAUGUGUACAACGGGGUUUCCCUCUGAAAAGCGGUGCUACCUAGCAUAACUGUCAACACUUGUGGUUUUCAAUAAGUCCUUUUUAUUUUGAACCCUCAUUACCUCUUACACUUAGAAGUAUUAUCUUUCUCUUAGUCAGUUUUUUACCCACUUUGUCUCCAUUACCCUGUACAUACCAGUAAAAAAGGUACGUACAUAAGGAAAUAUUUCAAGUCCGUUAGCUUUUGUGCCAGGUUGUGUUAAGAGACAAACUUCAAUCAGCAGGUUAGCCAUAUCUCUGCAGCACUAACUUUAUAGAGUCGCCAAAAAGGACCCUCACAUAGAAGAAUCCUGUAAUCCUCAUUGCAUAUUUUGGGCCUCUUUAAAUUUCAUAGGCAAUAUUUGUUCAUUGCCCAGUGUCUCUUGCACAAAUAUGAUGAAUGGAGUGUUGGGAUCAAACCGAGAUGUAGGCUAUACUUUCAGGAUAAGAGGAAAAAUACUGACUAUAUUUUUGAAUACCUUUUACUUUAAUACAUUUUGUUUGGCAAAGAUUAAGAGUUAGUUAUACCUGCGACAGUUUGAAGGAAGCAGGUCUAGAUUAUUAUUUUACUUUGUUGUACAGAACUACAUGCGUGUUCAGGAUUAGCUGGAACAUAAGGUGUACUGCUUUGUCUACAGAGGAUGCCAAACUCCACACUAAAUGAAGUUUCUCAUAGUUACUGUAACAGAGAAAUCAUCUGCUGACAUCCAAACAAGCAAAUCCAGAAAAGCCUUUUCUGCAGGAGUAGCUUGUAAAGAGGAUGUAUUGUGUGGGUUUUGCAGAACGUUUUUGAUCCAAAUGUUAUUGUUUAUUUCAGAGGUUAAUGUUGACAAAUGUGUCUUGUGACCACAGCGCUGCUGUCCAGCUGAUAUAUCCUGGAUCAAAAACAAAAAAAAAAGGCUUCAGAGAAAUCCUGUUGCACGUUGCUCUAUUUACCCAUUUUUUGUUUUGACUGUACAAUGUUUAAUGCAGUUUCUGACUCAGAUUGAAGUAUUCAAGGUACCUCGGGUGCGACCUUCCCUGUGAUGGGCUGAAGAUACUUUAUGUGAAAUCCUCUAAAGGAAAAGAGCAGCCAGACUGAGUUUUCAUACUGUAGAUUGAAAUAUGACUAACCGUUAUCCACUUUGAAGAUAAAAACACAGUUUUAAGGGGCAAUGGUGGUUUGCAUUUCACCAGGGGCACAAUUUAUGUGUCCCAAAUGCUAUUUUGAAUGUCCUGUUAAAUGCAGAGCAUAUAUCAUACUACAACCAAGAAAGCCACAUUUAGUGCCAAAACACUCACCGUAAACUUAGCUGAUAAACGUGACCAUGUAAAAGUCUCUGACAGACAAACAUUACAAACAGUUUCACGUAGAUUAUCUAAGGGUAAUCUGAACACAUAAUUUUUAGCUCAAUCCAAGUUUUUUUCAUAUUUCUAGCUGUUCAGCUGUGAUGCUAUCCUGUUUUUAUUUUGUAUCAUUGUAUGUGUUUGUUCUGGUAUUGCCAGCUGUAAGAAAAGCUGAACCAGCACUACAUUCCUUCUUUGUCCAAGGGAUUGUUUCUAAGCGUAACUUGUUGGAUGUAUUUUACUCUUACUGGUCUGUCAUGUAGAGAGUCAUUGUGUAUUCCGUAGAUUUAAACCAAAAUAAAUUGGAGCUUUUUUGGCUUUGGUUGAGGUGAUUAAAAUUGCUUCUAGCAAGGUCUGAAGUUCAAAUACUCAAAAAGGAAAAAAAAUCAACCGUGUCAAUAUCCUAUUUGCCCACAAACACAACGAUUCUGAAACUUUUGGUAAAUUUAUUUCUGUCUUUAAAAAUUGUUUGUCCACACGUGGCCAUGAAAUAUGCUUGUUCAACACUAAAACACUGUACAAAAGAGAAAAUAGUCUUUUAAGAAGUGUAGUGUGGUUUAUACUUUGUUGUUUUUGAAACAAAUGGAAAAUAAUUAUUUCAAUUUGUGUGAAAUUAUAUCUGGAAAUCUAUUAAAGAAAUUUUCUACUCAAA